AUGUUUAAAAUAAACAGCUGUUCUGAAUGUAGCAUACACGCGGGAGACUUCAAAUCAGGAAUUAUGAAGCGAUAUCGCAUCAAUCACUCCUGGCUGCCAGAAGAAUCAAUCAAGAAAGGUGCAAUUACCUUGUGUUCACUUGAUACUAUUUAUACAGCAUGCAACGUUCUCUCUGUAAUCCUUGUUAUAGUAAAGAUGAUAGUUUUGUUUGUAAAAAACGAGAAGCUACUAAAGCUAAUUAAUUAUCCAGAAACUAACUUUUGGCACUCGAAUUAUGACCCAUACGAACAGAAGAUUAUGGAUAACUGUAAACGUACUUGUAUAUUCCUCGUUUGCACCUUUACUUUCUUCGUUCAGGGAACAACCACUGGUUUCGUGCUGAGGCCCAUUCUAGCGAAUCAUGGAAAGAAUGCAUCAGAGUGGAUACUUCCGUUUAAUAUGUGGUUGGAUGAAUCAAUGUACAAAUCGCCAUACUUUGAAAUAGUAUUUUUUGUACAGGUACUGUGUACUUAUCAAGUUGGGAUAGGCUAUCAUAGCUUCGACAAUUUUUUAUGCCUGAUAAAUUUGCAUACUGCUAGUUAGUUCCGUAUUUUGCAAUACAGAUUUGCAAAUAUGUAUGAAUCUUUAGGAACAUCAUUGUACAGCAUAGAGAAAUAUAAAGCAUUUAGAACUUGCAUUCAAGAACAUCAGGCGUUAAUUGAAUAUUGUAAAAAGCUCGAUAGUGUAUUUAGCAUAAUUGCACUUGGACAGGUGUCACUCUUCAGUUUAUUAAUAUGCCUCGAUGGAUAUUUGGUGCUAAUGGAAGGUAUCUCUCUUGCAAAUCGCAUUAUUUUCACGUUCCACAUAACGGGUUGCAUGUGUCAGCUGCUGAUGUUCACGUACAGCUGCGACUGUUUGAUACACGACAGCAUGAACGUGGCUACAUCCGCUUAUGAAAACUCCUGGUCGAUUUUACCAAUGGACAAAUAUGGAAAAAUGUUACGAAGGGACUUGAUACUCGUCGCCAUGAGGUCUCAAGCACCGUGUUGCCUAACAGCCAAUGGAUUCUUCUCUGUGUCUUUGGAGACCUAUACAGGGAUUCUAAGUACAUCGGUGUCAUACUUUACAUUGUUGAAGAAUCACGUGGAAGAUACGGAUGAAAUGUAA